ACUAUUAUGUGCCAGGUGCUAGAAUACAAAGACAAAACCAAGAUAAUGUCUCUUUGGAGAGAUCACUUUCUAUUUGGGAAUCCAGAUCAUCGCAGACAAGAGAUACCUGGAACCAAGCUCAGGGUCCUCUCAGAUCUCUGGCUCCCAGCUAUGGAAUUUUGGGAUUCAAAUACCUAGCAGAGGAACGGAUGUCUGCUGCUGUGGGGGGUGGGGUGGCCACUGUGGGCUGACAGAGGAACGAGAGAUGAUUUUUCUUUCUUCCCUGAGUCCUAUCUUGGGCAAGGAGAUUAGUAGCUGGUACCCCCAUUGUGAGAAGAAAAAAGAGGUCAUUCAGGGUACCCCAAGGAGAAAUGAGGUUGCUGCUAUUUCAAGGAGGUCACAGAAAGAGAUACCGUCUGAAGGACAAAAGUGAGGUUCAUGGAGGAAGUGAGGACGCCCAGUGGGUCAUCUGAGAACCUUGGGAUUCUCUGGGGCUGAGAAUCAACACUCUCUAGAGCUCUAAGAGAAAGGACCACAUUAUUGAGAGAACCAGCAGGGAGGGAUCUGAGGGACAGAGACCCAACAUCAUCAACGUCUCCACUUGGGUUAUAAUUGUGACUGUAGCUCUGGUUAGAUCCAUUCAGCCCUCUCCUGGAGAGGAGACUGAGACAAUGUUGCCAUUGAAGGCCUCCAAGAUGGAAGGCAUAGGUGUGGGUCUGGGAUUUUCCCUUAUUGGUUUGGGAAGUUUGCUAUUGGUAGGGAUGCUUUUCACAGGAAUGUCCUAUGCCCUGGGAGCAAUAGAUUACUCUUAUGAAAUAGUCAUGCCCAGAACAUGCCUUAACAUUCAAGGGCAGGGAAUACCCAGAAAGAAAAGUAUCCUACCUGUUAUACAUGAGAGGCAAGAGACUUGUGGUUCACCUGAAGCUGAAAAAAAGGGUUUUUUGUCAAGAACUUCCUGUCUACACCUACACCAAAGAAAUCUUAGACCUGGAUUUCCUUUUUAUCCAAGAUGAGUGUUAUUAUGAUGGAUACAUAGAAGGUGAGCUGGGGUCCCUCGUGUCCCUCAGCACCUGUUCAGGCCUCAGGGGCAUCAUGACCAUCCAGAAAACAGUCUAUGGCAUUGAGCCCAUUGAAACAUCGAGGCAGUUUGAACACAUCUUAUAUCGCAUGGAUGGGCACCUCCAAAGCUCCUGCAGAGUGACCGCAGAAGAAAGCCAAAGGUUCAGAAGCAGUGUGCAGAAACAGAGAAAAGAAGAGAAAGAGACACUUGAAAGCGAGGCCCUGAACUACAUCUGGUCCCACACCAAGUACGUGGAGAUGUUUGUCGUGGUUGACAACAGGCGGUUCCAAAUGUGGAAUAGCAACGUGACCAAGACAGUGCAGAUGGUGAUGGACACCCUUGCCCACGUUAACACCUACAGCCAGGGAAUCCACGUUCAGGUGGUCCUGGUGGGUUUGGAGAUCUGGACGGAGAGGGACCAGGUGGGGAUUUCUGGGGACCUGCGGGAAGUGCUGCAGAAUUUCAACCACUGGAGAGGAGAGGAGCUGGUCAGUCGGGCAAAGCACGAUGUUGCCCAUCUCAUAGUAGGCUACGAUCCAGGAGAGUACACGGGGGAAGCAUUUCUCAAUGGGGCCUGUGUGUCUGAGCUUUCAGCAGGAGUCGAAUCUUUCUGUCAUGAAGAUGCUACUGUCUUUGCAGUGCUCAUGGUCCACGAGCUGGGCCAUAACCUUGGCAUGAGGCAUGACCACCCGUCUUGCGUGUGUCCUGACCAGCCCUCCUGCAUCAUGCUUGGAACUGUCAGCUCUGAGAGUAGUUUCAGCAACUGUAGCUUCAAGGAUUUCUACGAAUUCCUGCGCCAGCACAAAGGGUCCUGCCUG